CCUGGGUGGAAUAGGUUUCCUCGGUGAAAAGAUACUGCUUUUGCUACCAGAAGCAGGCACCUGUAAUAUUACUGCCGGAGAACUUCGGUGUGGUGUUGAGUAGACCGAGAAUAGAAGGUAGAGAACGACUAGCUCACUGCUACAACUGCACCUCUACGACAUGAACUUUACCCAUUGACUUGUGGAGUUAUUAUGACUGGAUGUAACUACAUGUACAUGUAUAAGCUUUGACUUAAGAAACUUAAGCUGAGAAAGUUCUUAACGACCAGUGCCAGUGCUACGAUUGAACCCUACGACUGAGUAGUCAUCACAGCUUUACACGGGAGAAAGUGAUCAUACUGGUUUAAAUUCUCAGUCCCCAAGAUGACGUCACUGUGUUCCAAAAUGGAGUUCAUCCUCCUUCUGAUUGUGUGCAUCUACGCAGCCAAGGUUAUGAUCGUGCUAGUGUACAUGGAUGAAUUCAUCCCUGCUGACGUCACCAUCAUGAACGGUCAAGAUCACGAACCAGAUGCAACGUUGAACAGGUUGAACAUGGAGCGAAGGAAUAGAAAGGAUAAGCGAGACUUUGAAGGGGUGUUAAGGCGGAUGGGUGGGGAGGCAUCACAGAGUGACACAAAGCGAUUGGACAAUGAUAUUCCUAGUGUGCAGAAUUGUAGCAGCGAGUCCAAAUCAGUUAGUGAAGGUGGUAGGGCACGUCCGGAAGACGAAAUGAAGAGAAAUCAAACUAAUUUGGCACCCAACUUGGGCUUGAAUAGCGCCCUCUUCCAUCGAGUGCUGGAUUCGGUGUUCGAUCACAGCCACGAUAAGAAGAAGUGUCAGGAUGCCUUCAUGGUAUCUCUCAUCACCACACGCCCAACGGAAGUAGACUUCCGAAUGGCGAUCCGUGAGACGUGGGCAAACGACGCCUACGCGCAUCAGAUGGGAGUACUCACGCUGUUCGUUCUCGGUCAACCGACGGACGGUACCGUCAACUCGGCCGUGUUCCUCGAGAAUGAACGGCACGACGAUAUCUUGAUGGGAAGCUUCACGGACAGUGUGGGUAACUCCACUUUGAAGCUGCUCCUCGGGAUAGACUGGGUGAUGUCAAAUUGCCCCUCCGCCAAAUACGUCUUCAUCGGUGAUGAUCACAUGUUCAUCAUCUACGAGCGUCUUGUCAAACUUCUACGAGAAACAAACGAAAAGGACGGUGUGAAAAUGUGGAUUGGUCGACUCACUCAGGGGAAGAUGCCUGAGCGAGACGCAGGAAGUCGGUACUAUGUAUCGAGGAAGCUCUAUCCAGAGACUCGUUAUCCAGACUUCUGCACUAUUGAGGCUGGUUACGUGCUUAGCGUGGAUGCCGCCAGGGAACUUGUAGCCUUGUCUUGGGGUGAGCCUCUCCUGCCACUACCAGAUGUCUACAUGGGAGUUCUAGCCAAGAAAGCCAACAUUCUAAUAACGAACGAUAAAUCAUUCAGUUACGGUAACCAGGCCAAGGAUGCGUGUGAGCUCAACAGAGUCGUCACGUCACGGGGUGUACGGUCGGCGGAACAACUCCAGAGCACCUGGACGAAGUUCAGCGAUCCUGAGUUCCGCCGGAACUGUCCCGAUCCGGAUUUGAGUUUGGUGCUCAGUAAGCACAUUGACAAUUCACCUUACUUGGACAAGACACUCCAAAUGCGUCUGAACCAUCCGGAUUUUUGCUACGACAAAGCUGGGAACGAGGAGAGUGUUUUCAUCCUCGUACUCAUCAGUACGUUGCCGAGACACUUUGAGCUGCGUAGUACCAUCCGGGAAACUUGGGGGCGUAACUUAAUGACACAGGGGGAGAACAUCAAACUUUUAUUCGUGAUGGGCCACACCCAGACUGAUGUUAAACUUAUACAGCAGCAAGUCAAGCAAGAGGACGACAAGUUUGGUGACAUCAUCCAAGCAGACUUUACCGAGUCCUUCCAUAACUUAACUCUCAAGGUAGUCAUGGGACUCCGGUGGGUGACUCAAAACUGCCCCCACGCCAAAUACAUGUACAAAGGUGACGAUGACAUGUUUGUCAAUUUCGAUCGCAUUGUGUCUCACUUGAAGGAGAGCCGAGCCAAAGGACUGGCAAAGUCUAGGUAUUUCCUUGGGAGUGUACUCUAUAGAAGUGUCCGCGUUACGCGUGAGAACUCCAAGUAUUACGUGCCAGAAAGACUCUACAGUGGCCGAUACUUUCCCCCGUACUGCUCGGGUGGUGGGUACAUCAUGUCAACAGACAUCAUUCCACAGAUGUACCGUAAGUCACUGGAGACUGCCUUUAUACCCAUCGAUGACGCCUACCAGGGUAUUCUCAUGAGUAAAAUAGGGGUGAAGCCAGUCGCCCACCCGGGGUUCAAAAACUGGGGUGCCAAGACGGACGGGUGUUCGUUGAGAGAGGUUAUGGUGGUCCAUGGAUUUAAGAACUCUGAUACAAUGAAUGCAGUAUGGAGAAACUACACCACUCCAGCAGCUGAGGACUGCCCGGAGGUUUCGUGACACAAAGAUGAUUGAACAUCAAACACUUGAGCGACUGUGGACGCCAGUCUAAAAACAAAAACCGAAUAGGACUUUUAAACUGCAUUUUGUUAGCGCCUCUUUAGUUUUUUUUUUUUUUUACAAACUGCAAAGCCAAAGUAAUGUUUUUAUAAGAAUCGUUUUUAAACGAAAACUAAGUAUUUUAAAGCACCUAUUAGUUUUGUAUUAUUUUUAACAUGCCUAAUGGUCGAGUCGUCCAUGUUUUUUU